CUGUCUAAAGCGCCGACUUAAGCUCCUAAUGAGAAUUGGCGACGGAGUGGGAGGAUCGGACGGUCAAUGUCAAGCGGCCGCUGUUCCGUGGUCGUAGGAUCAGACGGCCAUUAUGGCUUCUCUUCCGUGGGGAGGAAGUCAAGCGCGCCACCACCAACUACCGCUGCCUCCGUCUUCGACUGGCGAUCGAAGAACCCAAAAAGAGAGGAAGCGAGAAAAGGGAGGAGGAGAUCUAAAAAGAAAAAAGAAAAAAAAAAAAAGGGGAAAAAAAAAGCACUUGCAAGGAAAGAGAAAAUGCCGACCAUCACGAAGCUAUAUAGCAUGGAAGAGGUGUCGAAGCACAACACCAACGACGAUUGUUGGAUCGUCGUCAACGGCAACGUUUAUGAUGUGACAAUGUACUUGGAUGAGCAUCCUGGAGGCGAUGAUGUUUUGCUCGCAGCAACUGGAAAGGAUGCAACUGAAGAUUUCGAAGAUGCCGGGCAUAGUAAAACUGCUAGAGAUCUCAUGCAGGAGUAUUUCAUAGGGGAGUUAGACACCACCACUCUUAUCUCAACUCCCAUUGCAGAGCUCGAGAUUUUCCAGAAAGACAAAUCAUCAUCAGAUUUCUCCUCCAAGCUAAUGAGCAAGGCAGUGCAAUACUGGGCCUUCCCUGCAGCCAUUAUUGGGAUCUCUGUUGUUGCGGCCAUUUUGUGCACGCAACUGGCGAACACGAUAUUAUUAAAACUGCUGCCAUAAAUUUAUCUUUUCAUGGCUGUAUGCCGAUUAUUUUUCACUGCUGGAGAAGAAGCUGUUGAGUGCCGGCAUCACCUCCGGGCGUCGGCUGCUGAGGAAUUUGCGCAAGCUGUGUUGGCUGUACUUUUCGCCUUCUUCGGCGUUGUCAGGGACUGCGGUGGUGCGAUUUGUCUUGUUGAUCCUGCGAGAUCGAAAGGUUAGUUUUUUUUUUUUGUUAGCACGGCCCUUAAGUGGAAAAUAUUUUAUUAACAGAUUUUCUGCUCGCCAUGUCUGCUAAACCCGAUCUGAGAUAUUCAUGUGCUGUGUCCUUCAUCUUUUUGAUGGUUUGGAAUUUGCUAGUAUAACUAGUCUGGGGGAAAUUAUUGUGGCCUUUCUGAUUUUGGUAAAAAUGUCUAUACGACCUAUGGUUACAGUUAUAAUUCUAUAAGAUGGUUUUGUGAACUA